GAAAUAAAUUUGACAUUUGAGAAAAAACCAAAACAAACAGCAAUGGCCAGGAAAAGUGAGAUAAAAUUGAAGAAUUUCUUCAUUUACAACUCCUCUCUGGCCACAGAUGAGGGCGAGGAAGAAAAGAAAGUUCUCUUCUACCACCCGGAAGACACGGAAAAGGAUCAGAAGAUUAAGGAUGUGGGACUCAGUGAGGCUGUUAUAAAGUUCACAGACACCUUCAGUCCCUUUGAGGAGUGCAAAACCUUCCGGACACAGAAGACCUGUCAGGUUUUCUUUGAACCAGAGCCAGAUUUCUGGAUGGUUAUGACAGUGAAUGUGCCCUUCCUGGUGAAGACAAAAGAUGGUGUGGAGUACAAUGAGUACCGUGGGGAUGAUGUACACGACACAAUCUACGGGGCUCUCUUGGAGCAAUCCUACAGUAUGUUUAGGCUCUUUGUUGGGACAUUCCGGGAGCACAUGAUGGGAGAUUCCACUGAAGAGCAUGCCCAGAGUCUCUCCCAGAAGCUUCAGCAAUUUUUCAGCAAAUACAUCUUGACGCUGAAAAUUGGAAACUGUGACAUUGUGGAUGUGACCAGGACUGUUCAGUAUCUUCCGCUCAAUCAGACACUCUUCCUACGCAUCCACAAUUUCAUCAGCAUGAUUGAGUCCACGUUUGAGUACGUAAAAAGGUGCAUCUUCCUCUACAAUGAGCAAAUUGUCUGGAGUGGAGUCAACCCGAAGGAACUUUAUUGUAUUUAUGAGUAUUUGAGUGGAACAAUUUUUCCAAAGAUGCUUCAAUCUGAUCUCCAGGGAGGCUCAAUUUCACGGAGUUUCACGCAAAAUCAGCGUGGAAAUUUCCUCACGGGCGGCAAUGGGCAGGAUGCCGUCAAACCACCCCGAGUAUUUCUCUUUCAGAGCGAUGAAACCACAAAAAAGUCCUCCCAAUCAGGAAUGUACCUUUAUGACAGUGAAGGGGCAUUGAGUGACAAUAGUGGCUACCAUUUGGUCAUCUAUCGUGCAUUUGGAGCAAUAAUUUGUCUUUUCGUUAAUGAUUCCACAGCACUCACGGAGGAUCUCUAUGGGGAACUUCAGUCAUUCAUUGGGCCACAAUUGACGACGAUCUCAUCGGAAGUUAGUGAAAAUUACGCAAAGGACACAUUCAUCACGAAUGACUUCCCCGAAGGAUUCUCCCCAAAAUUCCUCUAUUUCAACGAGUUCAGUUUGCAGCAUGACACAACAUUCUACACCGACGGGCGGAGCGUGCACAAAAAUGCAAACAUGUCUCGGGACAUUAUGAAUGUUAUUGCUGAUCUCUAUGAGGAGCGCAACGCAGGGAGUAGCAGCGAGGAGACAGUUGUGAAGAUGUGCAAUGACUUCUGGAUAACACACAAAAAAUCCAAUUCACGCCACUUUAUAGCCAUUGUGAACAAGAAUGCCACCCUCUUGGAGAUUGCCGGUAAAUCUAAAGACCUUUCUGGUUUUCAGCAUUGCCUGACCUAUUGCAAUUCUUUCCUUCGCAGAGGAAACCACCAAGAUGUGUGAGCAACAUAUAAAGAAUGUAUUCUUCGACAAACAAAUAUAAUUGCAAUUUAUACAGUAAUAAAGUUAAAUUGUAAAUA